ACUACACACUUGUUGCAUGUGUGAAACAGUUGCAGCAAACUCCUCCCAUGGACCGCCCACAGCGGAGCAUCAUGAAUCCUUGUCUCACCCGAUGAAUAGCUACUUGACAAACAGGGCUUGAGGGUUGAAGUUUUGUUUGUAAGAGUAGCCUAUGGGUUGUUACGGUAGCGUUUGUCGAAGUUGCACUGAGCGUUUAAAGGUGUGAGAACGGACACGGAAAUCACAAUGUGCCCAAACUAACUCUCAGUUAGGACUGAGAAGAACAAGCUGCACGUGCCUGUCCUCAUUUCAACUAAGCCAUGGGGUCAUUCCGAAAGCCCAGGCCCCGUUUCAUGAGCUCGCCUGUACUGUCCGACCUCGCCCGUUUUCAUGCCAGCUCGCCAACACUGCAGCUCUCCAACGCCAGUGUUUGGAACAGUGUUCAAACGGCUGUAAUUAAAGUCUUCCAAGGUGGUGGGCUACAAGCCAAUGAGCUCUAUACCCUGAAUGAAAGCAUAAGGUGGCUUUUGAGGACUGAACUGGGAUCAUUUAUCACUGAGUACUUUCAGGAUCAGCUCUUGAAUAAGGGUCUGAUGUAUAUUUUGGAGAAGAUUCAGCUUCAUAACGAUGAAAGUCGUCUUCAAGCGCUGUCUGAGAUGUGGGUGAGGUUUUUCACAGACAUCCUGCCAACUCUUCAAGCUAUUUUCUACCCCGUGCAGGGUCAGGAGUUGACUGUGAGGCAAAUGGCUCUGCUAGGCUUCAGGAACAUGGUUCUGUUGAAGCUUCCUGUGGAGGACAUGUUUCAGGGCUCCUCAUAUCCUCCGCCAAUCACACAGAUGCUGCUGAUCCUGCAGGGCAUUCAUGAGCCUAAUGGUCCUACGCAGGAGUAUUUCCUACUCGAGAGGCUAGUGGACAUGGUUAUAUCUCCCUACCUGAGUAACUACCUCAACAUGAACAUUAGUGAUUCCUCUUCAGAGGAUCGUCUGGAAGGCUUGAGAUUGGUCAACGCUCCACACCUCAGUCAACCUGAGAUUAUGGUGACACAUUUCGCCCACGAGUCUUUCCUGGCACCUCUUAUCGAACACGAGGGUGAAGCCUAUUUGGAAAGGACUGGUGGUGUCCGACGCCACACAGUCGCCAAUGUGCAUUCGGACAUCCAGCUCUUGUCCAUGAAAAACAGGAUGUGUUCAGAAAAAGUGGAGGUCAGUGGGGCAGCCAGGAUGACCAAGACAGAGAGCAAAAGGACACCUAAGACUUUCUGCAGUGAACCAGUCUUUUUUGACUCCCAGCCAGGUGGUGUGGAAAUCCUUCGAGGGCAAAGCACUGCAGAGAUGAAGUGUGGCCUAACUAGUUAAAAAAGGCCUCUCUCUCACACUCUCGAAGCGCCCACUGAGAUCUUGUAAAGUUACAUUAACUGAGACAAGCUAUACAAUAUGGACUCUGCUGCUGUGGAAAUGUGAGCUGUUUUGUGUGCUAAAUCCUGUCAGUUUAGCCUGUUUUUAAGAGCUUGGAGUAUGGUUGAAGAAGUUUUACUUCAGCUCAUUCUUGUAAAGCAAGCAAAAAGUCACACUUCUUUCUGUAGUGGAGGUGGUAAAGCGGUGUGAAAAUAUGCAGGUGAGAUAGCGGUUUACAAAGGUACAGCAGAAACCAUACUGAGACACAUUUGAUCACAAACUAAUGUUUUUACCUUCUACUUCUUAAGCGAUCUUACCGUUUCAUUUCUUUGUAAUGGAAACUAAACAUGCUGACGUGAAGAAAAUAGGAUUUUUAGUCCUUUUAUGAAUAUUUUGUUUGAUGGAAUUGUAAUAUUUAAAAAUAAUUUUUAAAUUAAAUAAUUUUUAAACUUAAAAUAAUUUAAAAAUUACAUUUAAAAUAAUUAAAAAGAAGAUUAAUUCAAUGUGUGUGUGUGUGUGUGUGUACCUACCAUAUUUUGGGGACAAAUUUGUACCCAUAAGUGAGCAAAACCUUACAAAAAAUUGCCACAAACCUCCAUUUGGAGACGUCCUCAUUUGUAAAACUGGUAUAAAAGUAAAGUGAACAAAGUUUUUUUGAAAUUGUAAAAAUGCAGAAAGUUUUCUUUGAGGGGUAGGGUUAGGUUAAAAAGUGUAUAACUAUUUAUAUAAUACUUUUGAAGUAAUGAAUUUAAUGAAGAAAGUGGUUUUGAAAUUAUUUUUUGCAUUUGAUUGUUCAUUUCCGCCGUAUAACACAGGACUGUACGUCAAAGGUUUGAGUAGAUGUCUUUUGAGGUUCACAUGAACAUUUCUUUGUGGCUCUGGCACACAGUUUAGAUUUCCUUUAGCAGAUUAGCUGUUAAGGAGCUUUAGAUGCUGUUUUCAAAAUCAACAUCACCUCAGAAAACCUUUGUGGCAGUGUUUCAGCAUGUGAGCUGACAAAGAGCUUUAUUUCGAGUGUACUAAUCAAGGACUUUUGACCUUGGUGAAUGUAAGAGCAGAUGGUUAUGUGUUUAUCAAACGUUUUGUUUGCUUUUUUGGAUUUUAUUUUAUUACUUUAGCUUGGUUGUAUUUGGAAUGUGAAAAUUUUAAAACUUGUGCUAAACUUUUGUGAAAAUAAUGUCACAAUUUAAAAAAAAUAAAAAUCUUUAUGGUAAAAAAAUAGGCUGUUGAAAAAAAUAUAUAUUUAUGUAAAUAUCAGCUACUAUUUUUUUUUCUAGUAGAUCUGGCAGAAGGAGCCAGACCUAUUUAGGAAGUUCCUCUCCUGGCUGCCACUGGAAGGAAGUUCACUCUAAUCUAAUUUCAGGUGAUAAGUUCAGUAAGGCUUUCCUAUAAAGAAGAGGAAAAUUGUGCAGCCGAAGUAAGAAGAAAAAAUGUACUGGUCUUUGAUGCCAUCUUCUGGAAGUUUUACUUGAUUGCAACUCAUAGUCAAUAAACAUCAGUUUCUGUCUCUUACUUUUAUGUUUUAAGAGUUAAAUAGUAGAGUAAGAGUACAUUUUGCCAUUCUUAAAUUGCCUUUUGUCUAUAAUUAUUAUUAUUUGUUUUAAUCAUUAAAAUAAAACAGCCCAUUCCCAUUA